AUGGAAAGCAAAGAAACAGAGACGAUAGCAAACAACUGGUGCGAGGAAGGUGGGGAUUGGAAGAAAUUAAGGUGUGAAAAGGAGUUGAAUAUGGAUGUUGGUAAACAUUCAUACAAAGUUGUGCAGUUCCCUGACAGUGACAAACCUGUUCCACGCCCUAAAUACUUACCAAGAGGAGUCCCAAAGGAUAUAGCUCAACGCCUCAUGAAUGCCCAUGGCGACCCCUUCGCCUGGUGGAUGGGGCAGCUCAUCAAGUAUACCUUCAGGCUGAAUGGUGAAUUCAAGGAAUACGUUAAGGAGCUGAGCUCUCGUCUAGGUUAUGAGAGUCCUAUUGUUGGAAACAUUAAGAAAUACCGUCUCACCCUCGGGCAGAUAUGCCGACUGGCGUACGAGCUCAUGCUGACCCUUCACCCGGAUGCCGACAGGAAGGUCUUCUCAGUGGACUCGUUAUAUCUUUUCCAUAAUCAGAACGCCCGUGUGGUGGCGGCGAGGUAUCCCCACACGCCUCGCAGAGCCGGUGAGCUUCAGCUUCAGGACGGAGAUUUCGUGAAAAUUACUUUAAAGUAUCUCCGGGAGAUUCGCAAUCUUCAUAAUGGUUUCCAGGACGGAAGGAAUUUAAGAACGAAAGCGUACGGCCUGUACCCGGUUUACAAGACGGUUGAAGCCCUGCAGGUCGCUGACACGCCGUCUUUCGAUUUAAUUGAU